UGGCUUUUGAACCGUCACCCUCGAGUAAACAGAAACUUAACUAACAAAAGUAGCAACAGUUGUGUACUUUGAAACUCUUGUCAGUAGUGUAGUGUAUGAGAGUAGAACACAUCUCUUCCAAAACUUCUUCACGUUACAAUUUUAUUCAAGUAUCAUUCAUAAUCUCAGUUAAAACCCAAAGUCGCUCAUUUCAUUCACCGUAAAUAUCCGUUCAAUGCCCUUAAAACAUAAAUGGGAAGUGUGUGGGAGCUGUCCAUUUAAAUUUUAAAUGUUUCAGCAGAAAUUCUAAACCAUUCCUAACCAAUUAAAAAAAUUGCAACAGUCACAACUUUUUUAAAUCAUUGAUGAGUCAAGAAGGAUGCGUCCAGAAAAGACCCUUUACGAUGAAAUGGACAGUAUAGGUCGAGGUGCUUACGGGAUUGUCUACAAGGGAAAGCACAAAACCACCGGCAAGAUCGUAGCCCUGAAAAAAAUCUGCGUGCCUUUAAACGACGAUGGGGUCCCCAUGAACACCCUUAGAGAGAUCGGGGUCCUCAAGCAACUCAACUCACAUGAGCACCCCAACAUUGUACAACUCCUAGAUGUCUGCCAUGGCAUUCAAACCGAACGCGAAUUAUUAAUGUAUUUAGUAUUUGAACACGUGGACCAGGAUCUCGCCCUCUACAUGGAGAAAUACGCCAAACGUGGGGGCUUCUCAUCUUUGCAAAUUCGUAACAUGUCUCAGGAAAUUCUCAGAGGUGUUGAUUUUUUACACAGUAAUAGGAUAGUGCAUAGGGAUUUAAAGCCACAAAACUUGUUAGUGACCAAUGACGGUCAUAUCAAAAUUGCCGAUUUUGGGUUGGCCAAAACUUAUGAUUUUGAAAUGAGGCUGACCUCGGUUGUUGUUACUUUGUGGUACAGAGCGCCUGAAGUAUUGUUAGGAGUGCCUUAUGCGACACCCGUGGAUGUGUGGUCCAUCGGGUGUAUCAUAGCAGAGCUUUUUAGUUUAAAACCGUUGUUUUAUGGCAGUUCUGAAAGUGACCAAUUGAGCAAAAUUUUAAGAAUUCUGGGGAAGCCACCUCAGCACGACUGGCCUGAUAACAGUGUCUCCAUCAGCUGGGACUCUUUUGAUAACACGGAACGAAUCGAUUUUAAAGAAAUCAUCCAAAAUUUGGAUGAUAACGCACAUGAUUUGCUUACAAAAAUGCUCACGUUUGACCCUAAAAAAAGAAUGAGUACCUUAGAUGCCCUCAAUCAUGUCUACUUUACUGAAGAACCAAUUUAAUUCUGCAUCUUUUAAAGAUGUAUUAAACAAAAAGACGCCAUCAUUCCAUAUUUUGGGAACAACGUAUUAUUCUUGUAUACCUUUUACACAUAUCAUAAAAGUUGUUCAUAUUUUUGAUAACUUUAAGUAACAUUUGCUAGCAUUUCUCAAAAAUAAAAUAGUUUUAUACAAAACUGUU